AUGGGGAAGAGUUUUUUGAAGAAUUUGGGUGAUGAGAAGCCUGCAACCGAGGAAAAAGAGGCAGCAUAUGGAAACAAGGAAAGCCCUGUUAAUGAAAGUGAAGAAAAGGAGCCUGAGGACAAGGAGAUGACACUGGAAGAAUAUGAGAAGGUGCUGGAAGAGAAAAGAAAAGUCCUGCAAGCACUCAAGACUGAAGUGAGAAAGGUGGAUGCAAAGGAGUUUGAAUCCAUGCAGCCACUUUCCCACAAGAAAGACAAUGAUGAGAUCUUUGCUAAAUUGGGAUCUGACAAGGAUAAGCGCAGAGAUGCUAUUGAGAAGGAGAAAUCAAAGAAGGUAGGAUUUUUUAGGCUUUGGUUCAUAAUUGGUUAUUAUAUUAAGCUUCAUGACGAGCCAGUCUCCUUGAUUAUGGCGAUUACCUACCUUCAAUAAUUGUGUU